AUGGCAGAGAAGCGCGCCUUGCAGCAUCCCGCAUGGUCCAGGACACACUGUUCCCUUUAUAUCCUGAAAACUUACAGAUCCUCCGGACGCCGAGAGAGGAAACAACCUCAGGCCAGCAAAAUGUUUAUACAAACGGGGAUACGCAUCUUGUUAUCAGCACAAUCUGACUAUGCGCCAUAUUUUUUUGACAAUGGGCCCAACACUGACAAUGGCAAUAUGGCGCUCUUUAGCAUUUCAGAAGAUAUACCAGUCGAUACAGAAAUAUAUACUUUAAAUGGAACUGAUCCAGAAGAACAACCUGUUAGAUAUGGGCUGGCCUUUGAACCAGGAGCAAAGGAAUAUUUUCGAGUUGAUCCCGAAACUGGAAUAGUCACUCUCAUCGAGGAGCUAGAUAGAGAGAUACAAGAUGAAAUUGAGGUGUUGGUCAGCAUAACAGAUGGCCGCAAUAAAGUUACAGAGAAGGUACAAGUGUUUGUGAUGGAUGCAAACGAUGACAAACCACAAUUUCAGAACAUGCCAGCUAUUGUGGAUGUUCUAGAGAGCACGCUGGCCGGCAGCAGCAUCUACAAGGUGGAAGCCGUGGACAGAGACGCCGGUGCAGGAGGCUCCAUCAACUACUUCAUCCAGAGCACUGACCCCAAUCGGAAGUUUAGCAUAGAUCGGCAUAGUGGAGUGCUGCGCAUUAAGCAAGGAGAGAUGCUGGACUUUGAAACGUCCACAACCCACUUUGUCACAGUGGUGGCAAGGGAUGGAGGUGGUAACUACAAGGGAAAGCACCAGGUCCUCUCAGCCUAUGCCACCGUGACCAUCAACGUGAUUGACACCCAAGACACUCCACCUAUCUUUGUUGGUACCCCAUACUUUGGAUACGUCUAUGAGGUGUCAUCUCCAGGCUCCGAAGUAUUUACAGUUUUUGCCAAAGACGGCGACGUGGGAAACCCAAACCCCGUCGUUUACUCAAUUGAUUCUGGUGCAGAAGGGGUGUUUGACAUCAACAGAACAAGUGGCGCUCUACUCCUCCGUGCUUACCCCUCUCAUCUGAAGAAAGAGAUGUUUCAUGUAAAAGUGAAGGCUACGGAGGUGGGACAAAACGGAAGCCUACUGGACUCCACCAUCACUGUAGUGACCAUACGCGUGGUGGACCUCAACAACCACCCUCCCACCUUCCACGGAGAAGACGGCCCCCAGAACAUGUUUGAGCUGACCAUGCAUGAGCACCCGCCAGAGGGGGAGAUCCUGCGGGGACUCAAGAUCUUUGUCAAUGACUCCGAUCAGGGAGCGAAUGCCAAGUUCAACCUGAGGCUAGUGGGUGCAGGCCGGGUGCUACGCGUGGUGCCUCAGACAGUCCUCAACGAGGCCCAGGUCACCAUCCUUGUUGAGGAUUCUUCAGCCAUAGACUUUGAGAGGUCCCAGUUCCUCUCUUUCAAGUUGCUUGCAGUGGAGAUUGACACACCUGAGAGGUUCAGUGCCACUGCAGAUGUUCUGAUUCACCUAGUGGACACCAAUGACAAUGCUCCCAUAUUCUCUUCAGACUAUUAUGUUGCUCGAAUACCUGAAAAUUCCCCGGGGGGCUCCAAUAUUGUGACCGUAACAGCUACUGAUCCAGAUUCUGGAAUGUGGGGUGAAGUCAGGUACUCUAUAUAUGGGGAAGGAUCGUCCUUGUUCCUCAUCCAAGCACAGUCAGGGAUUAUCUACACUCAACCCUGGGCUAGCCUGGAUGCUGAAGUCAAGUCUAAGUAUAAUUUCUAUGUGAAGGCAGAGGACACAGAGGGAAAGUACAGUUUGGCUGAAAUCUUUGUAACCAUCCUCGACCUCAAUGACCACCCACCAGAGUUCAAUAACAACUUUCUGGAGACAACCAUGAUUAUUGGAGAACCAAUCAAAAUAGAGGCAAUUGAUGAUGAUGCAGAGGAGCCCAAUAAUGUCAUUGAGUACUCCAUCAUGAAAACGGAGCCGGCCAACAUAUUCGACAUCAACGCCGACACGGGCGAGAUCAUGCUGAAGCCCUACAUCAAGUCCAUGGACAUCGUCCAGAACAUCACCAACCAGAAAGAGACCACGUGGUCGGUGGUCAUCCAGGCCAAAGAUCGAGGAAAUCCCUCCUUUACCACUACCACUGUUGUCAAGAUUGACAUCGCGGAAGAAACUCAACAACCUGGGCCAAUUGGCUCCAUUAUGUUGAAUGGUCCAACAAGAUCUUGCCCCAUCGCCGCAUCAUCCGAAGAAGGCAAAAGCAGCUCCGGCGCUUUGGAUCGAGGACAAGAUCCAGACGAGAUAGAGAAUGUAAACUGCAACAACAACGUCUGUACAACAGACUGCCAGAGCCAUCAUCCCCACCACCACCACCAUCACCACCCCCAGCAUCCCCAUCACUACCCUCAGCAUCCCCACCACCACCCUGUUGUGGCACCACCAUCCAUCCCACCUCCACCACCCAGCCUGCACAGGCCGCCGAGUGAACGCCAGUGGGCCCCUCCCCCACACAACACCAAUGCAGGGCUUGUGAAGCCCAAGAGGCCAAUUAAGACUAAAGAGAGUCACGUCAACUCAGCGCUGGUCUCCGAGCUGAAAAUGAAAUUUGAACAGAGAAGAUUAAACCAACAACACUGACUCAGACCUUUGCCUAUGAAUGUAAAUGCAGCUAUGUGGAAAGUUUGUAUAAAACGAUGAGAACAGGUGAACAUCUCCCCCGAGGGAAGGUGUUUUUUUCCAGGUAUGAGUCUGUGGUCUUGGACCAUGCAGUGGAGAUACCAGACCAGAGAUGGACCUUUUCAUGGCCUUGGGAGUUGACAGACAGGCAGCUGUGUCCUGUUCAGACCUUGUUCAUGCUUGUGCUCAACCAGGUUGGGAGGAGAACCUGCUGAUAUGGAUGGUUGGUUUGGAUCCAUGCAAUAACGAAAUACCUUACUUUGAUUUACAAAAACAGUGCCCAAUACAAUGUUAAAAUGUAUGUCUGUUGUUUACCAAGAUGACCUCCAAUGUAUGCAGCAUCUACCGUACACAAACCCAAGCAGUAUGAGGACAGAUAAUCUACGUAACAUUGUCUUUUAUCAUGAAAUGAAUACAGCCAUUUGCUGAACCAUUUCGGGUUUUUUUUUAUUUUAUUUACAGAUUGUGUUGUGUCAGGAUUAUGUGAGAAUUUGCAAAUGAUCUGCCCAGGGAAAGCACCUGGAAUAUAAAAAGGUUUACAACAUGCCAGUGUACUGUAACAGCUUCAUGCUAUGCCAAAUCUCAUCGGUUCAAGACUUUUUCCCCUGUCAUGGAAAUAAUAUGUGUAUACAGACAGACAUUUUCAAUUUCUAUGGAAAGUGCAAGUGUUUUCAAUAAAACUGAUCUUUGCAAUUGUA